AUGGAGUCUUCUUGGUGCUCUUUUAUCCCCCACAACCUUCUUUCUGAAUUGGCCAACGACGAUGGGCUGGAUGAGAAUACUCGCAAAUGUAUGCAUGAGACAAUCGAAAUAGGAAGCUCCCUAUACGGAAAAGAAAAGAAACCCGCAAUAGUCGACCAAGGAGACUACAAGUUAGACAGAGCUGAAAGAUCACAACCCUUAAACGCCAUCGAAAUGCCCCGUCAGUUCGAGCUCAUCGACGGUAAACUAUACGACAAUCGGGGCGGCUUGAAAACUCUCGUAUAUACUGCUGAAGGUCAAGAGGUCCUGCCAGGCCAGAAUGCGCUCUCGGGACGAGGAGGCCACACGGAUCGACAGCGUGGACAAAAUGUUGAGAGUAUUGUUCGUCAAAUCUUUUCUUUCUUCGAGUUCGAAUUCGGCCACAGGCUUUUCGAGAAGGAAGGGCACACAAUUGCCAUUACGAUUAACUACGGAGAUAACUACACCAACGCCCACUGGACAGGAAAACGAGUCAUACUUGGCAGUGGCAACCCUUCAUUGUGGGAUGAAUUUGACAUGGCUCGCGAUGUCAUUGGGCACGAAGUUGCCCAUGGUGUGAUUCUACGCACAAGCGGUUUGAAUGGGUCGGGCGAACCUGGAGCAUUAUCUGAACACCUUGCCGACGUCUUUGGGUUACUUUACAAGCACAGCGUGGAAUCAUCCGGUACAAAGGCCAAAGACUGUGUUUGGACGAUUGGAGAAAGCCUUUGGGAUCCCCCUGGUGGCUUCUUCGGUUUCUCAGGUAUGGACCCAGAGAUUGUCAAAUCUCUUUGGACAGGCAGCGGCGGCAAGAUAGUAGACAACCACACUCGCCAUGAUCCUACAGUUGCUAGGGACGUCACAUCGACAAAGGCCAAGCAUUUCAACAAGUUUCCGCAUUACCUGCGUUCUUUCAAGGAUCCGAGUUCGACAAAUCCAAGACAGCCUAUGAAUUACAAUGACUACAAGACCCUCCCCUACGACAAUGGAGGGGUUCAUCACAAUUCCGGGAUUGGUAACUACGCCUUUUAUGUGGCGGCUGAUGAAGCCGAGGAGCCUCCUCUAGACGGCGUGGGUAAAGUUUGGUUCCGUGCUAUGACUGAUACAGGCCUUGGAGCGGAUUGCAAGUAUCCUCGGUUCGCUGCAUUUACCUUAGCAUAUGCAAAGCGUGACUUUCCAUAUUUGGUGAAACCUAUUGAGACAGGAUGGGAGGAAGUUGAGGUUAAGCCUGAUGAUAUACCAGGGUUGGAGGGCAUGCUGUCAAACCCGCCUUCUAACCAGCAUGAAGCCCAAGAACCUGUUCUGGUAGAUGAAUCUCCGGAUUCGUUCCUAGUACCUAUACAAUUCAGCCCCUGA